AUGGAGGGAAAGGUCAAUUUGGAGCAGAAAGAUCAGAAAAAGUUGUACAGGGAAGCGAGCAUAGGAGCUGGUUUUAAAGGAUAUGGAGCAUUUGAAAAAAAUGAAGUGGAGACGGAGGCGGGAGAGGAUGCGGCCCCAAGGGAGCCACCGCACAUCCGGGCUUGCCUGGAGCCGCCAGCACGCUGCAUAAUUGAUGGGGCGCCGGGCGCAGUUCUGGGUCAGCCUCGGGCGCGCCGAGAGCGACUCCUGGGAGGAGGGCAGGGCGGCCGGGCCCCUCCCACUCGCCUUUUCUCGCGUGUCCUGCCCCCGGCACCGGCACUGGGCUCUGGUCCCUGGCGAGUGUGCGCAGGGACAGGGGCACCGACGGCCUUACGCGGAGAGAGCAGCCUCGGCGAGGACCUCGGCGGCCCGCCGGCCAUGCGCGCCCUCCCCAGCCCGCGGGGGCCCCUGGCGCCGGCGCCCCUGCCUCUGCUUCUCCUGUGCCUCCUGGCCGCGGCGCGCCCGAGCUGGGAGGACGGCCAUCCCUCAGCUUCACCUGUUACAAGUCUGCCUGUCCGAGUGGAAAUGAUGGCAAAAUAUUCUAACCUUCCUUUGGAGAGUCAUAACAUAUCACUAACUGAACAUUCUGAUGUGCCAGUGGAAAAAAAUAUCACUUUACAAAGACCUUCUAACGUAGAACUCAUAUGCCAAUUCACAACAUCUGGGGAUUUGAAUUUAGUAAAUGUCACUUGGAAAAAAGAUGAUGAGCUACUUGAGAGUAAUUAUAUGAUCAAUAUAACAGGAAGCAUCAUGUACACCCUAUACACGGUCACCAUCAUUAAUAGCAAACAGAUGGGAAGUUAUUCUUGUUUCUUUGAAGAGGAAAAGGAACAAAGGGGCACAUUUAAUUUCAAAGUCCCUGAACUUCAUGGAAAAAACAAACCAUUGAUCACUUAUGUGGGGGAUUCAACGGUCUUGAUAUGUAAAUGUCAAGACUGUUCUCCUUUAAAUUGGACCUGGUACAGUAGUAAUGGGAGUGUACAGGUUCCUCUCGACGUUCAAAUGAAUGAUAAGUAUGUGAUCAAUGGAACAAAUGCUAAUGAAACAAAGCUCAAGAUAAUGCACAUUUCAGAGGAAGAUCAGGGCUCUUAUUGGUGCCACGCAGUGUUCCAAUUAGGCGAGAGCGAAGAACGCCUUCAACUUGUGGUUCUCAGUUAUCUGGUGCCCCUCAAACCAUUUCUUGGAAUAAUUGCUGAAGUGGUUCUUUUAGUGGCUAUUAUUCUGCUUUGUGAAAUGUACACCCAAAAGAAAAAGAAGCAGCCAGAUGAUGGGAAAGAAUUUAAACAAAUGGAACAGCUGAAAUCAGAUGAUAGCAAUGGUAUAGAAAAUAAUGCCACCAGGCACAGAAAAAAUGAAUCUGUGAGCCAGUGAAUGAGAAGCAUCAUGUCAAGACUCACGGGAAGAUACAGUUUGUAUUUCAGCUUUGUGUAUGCUUCCUGUUAAGAACAUCUGAGUUUUUAUUUUUAAAAGGAUGGAAAAUUUAUGCAACAUGCUCAGCAGUAGCUUUGUAAAUAAUCUAUGCUAUCAGAUCUAAAGAUAUAUUUUCAUUCUGUAAUUAUUUUACAUUAAAGCCAGAUAAAUUGUAUUAAAUGUAUUCUAUGAGCUGCAACCCAGGAUAAUUAAUUUCAUCCUGAUCCUGAAGGGACACAGAGCAGACACCAGCAAAACCAGUUACUAGUACAUAGAGCUAAUGUCUCUCAAGACCUGUUUAUAACCAAAGAUUCAUUAAAGAGAAAAACUUUGCCAUUUA